AUGUAUAUUUCUGCGACUACGGCGACGUUACGAUAAUAUCCCGCGACAAUUUGCAGCCGUUGAAAAGCAACUUCAUGAAAUUGCCGUAUCAGGCAGUAAAGGCUAAACUCGUCGGAAUAGAGCCGAUAAAGGGCGAUGACUGGACACCACACGAUUGUGUCAAAUUUAAGGAGUUAGUACUUGAAAAGAAUUUCGUCUCUAUAAUCGUCGAAUCGGUGUCCGACGAUCUCUCGCCAGUCAAUGGUAUACCAUGUUGGGCUUACGAUUGAUUGACGUCAGUUCAGCUCUAAAUUAUAUAUGCUUCUAUAAUAGAGAAUAAAAAACGUAUGACGUUUGGGCGAAAUACAAAUGUAGGUAAAGCUCCGUAUAAUUCUUUCCAAAUCUUUCUAACGCCCUUACAGAAAUGCGAUAAACUGAUUGGCCACGCGACAAGCAUUUCCACGUUCUGCGUACAAGAAGCAAUUAUAUCUUUUUUUCACCUUGAAUAAAAUAGAGAUAUCGACUGUUAGCUGAAAGGACGGAAGAAAACGAGACAGUAAAAUUCGGCUACAAGGGACAAACGUGUCGAUUCUAAGGUCUCAUGUAAAUCGGUCAUGAAGGAGCGAAGGAAAAAAAACGACAUGCAGUCCUGGCACGAAGGUUCAAUGGGUCCUCCCGUCCCGUGUGUGUGCCGUCGCGUCUAACAGCUGAUAUCAGUAACCAACCCGUGGCCCGUGCCUCGUAUGUCAGUCACAGUAAAAAGAUUACACGUUCAAUCAUGCUGUCCCGCGAGUCCCCCGCGAUACGUUUACGAAAGUGUUUAACGGGGGAACCAUUAUUGCAGAUAAUAUGACGAAAGAGUGGCGUCACUCGCUGGCGGCUAAACAAAGCUCCGUAGAAAGUCCAGAGCGACCCGCGCGUAGGUUAUGCGAGCCACCUCGUCCGUCAGGCCGCGCGCAGCGAGAUGGAUAAGCACCUGCACCUAUGGAGGGGCGCCGACAAGUUGUCCUUCGCGUUCGGCGACAAGCCGAGCGGCGUCGUGUCCAAGUUCGUCACCGUCAAGGACCACGUCUUCGCGGCGACCACGACCAACAACCUCUACCACGGGGAGGUGUCGCACCGCGCGGACGCCUGUCCCGCCCUCGUUUUCAAACGGGCCCAAUUCGACGUCGUCGACCUGGCGACCAACUCCGAGCACCUGUUCGUCGUAAAUACCAGCGGGCACGUGGUGAAAGUAAAUCCUCAGGACAUGAGUGUCGUAGAUUCAAUAGUUCUCAAGGAGGAAGUCAAGUAUUGUAGCCACGGAUACAAAGAGGAUAAUGAAGUGGUAAAGGUGAAAUUCAUAGCGGUCAGCGAUCAAGCAGCAUUAUUUGUUACGGACAGUGGACAGUUAUGGGCUAGCGGCAACCAGUCGCAGAUAGAUAUAAACAGUGCGGAACCGAAGAAGGUGAAGUUUUUUGAAGGGAGAACGGUGUCGGAGAUUGCUUGCGGCUCGAAUUUUAACGUUGCCGCUGUGAGAAAAACCGCCAAGCUCAUGAAAGAUGAUACGGACAGCGAGAACGAGUUGGAGGAGGAGGUCUUCGUUAAUUCCUGUCCGCAGUGUCUUAAUAAUGUUAUGUUAAGCCCUGGAAGUGUAACAUCGUCGGACACGUGUCUGACUGGCCUUCAUGCGCAGCAGUUUAGCGAAGAUCGUUCGACAAAUUCCAUCAGCGCCCUGUCCACUGCCAGCAAAGAGCACAUUUCUCUGCCAGAAAUGGACAAGAAGGAACAGCCGGCUGACAUCGUUGAAAAUGGCGAGGAAUGUCUGAGUAAUUUAGCAGAUUCUGACAAAGACGAGAAACGAAAUGUUAUAUUUAUAAACACGGAGACGGCACGACAAUUUCUAACCAGGCAACUGUCCUGGGUUUCGUCUUACGGAAGCGCCAAGGAAGACAUACCCAUGGAAAGUGUCGAUCGGUCAACGCGAUUGAUAAAGCAAAACGUCUCAAAUAUGGCGAAUUUAGUGUACGAAGGGGUUAAAAAUGUGGGUGGUAAAGUUGUAACCUUAUCUAGACAUAUGAGCGGUAGUUCCGAUAUUAAUGAAUGUAAAGCUGAUAGCAAUGAAAACUUAGAAGAGCACGGGGAUACUUACAUAAAACCUACUGCGACCAGUCUGGCACUGAGCUUACGUUGCGAAGAGUUUCCUUGGUCAUCGAGCACCGGCUCCUCUGAACACGAGUUGUCCCAGCACGGCUUAAAUGAAAGGAUUAAUACGUUAUCUCGUACUGGCAGCAACAUAUUGGGGACGGAACUCUGGACGUGGGGUGAUGUGCAGUACGGGCAAUUGGGGACGGGAGAUAUUAUUAAACGACCAAGGCCAGUAUUAGUGACGAAGCUCAGUCAUACUGGUAUCAGAAAGAUAUCUUGCGGUGCCUUCCACGUGCUUGCUUUAACACUGGACGGCCGAGUAUUUGCAUGGGGUCGCAACAAUCUUAAACAGGUCGCUUUGCACACUACGGUGGAUCAAAGUGCACCUCAGUUGUUCACCACAAAGUUAUCUUCCAACGAGAGAGCGAUCGAUAUGGCAGCUGGCAAUUUCCAUAGUUUAGCAAUGAUGCAUCAUGGUUUAUAUUUCAUGGGGCAAUCGAGUAAAGUUGGUGACAUGUUUCAACUUGACAUACAAAGCAGGGACGAAACAAACAGUCCGAGAGAGAUUUUCAGUUCUGGGCAAUACAGUUGUUGUUCUGUGAUAAAUGAACCGGCAAUAAACGUAUCGGAAGAUUUGAUAAACGAUCAGAUUUUCCUAGAAGAAAUGUUGACUGUUUAUCAGAAUCUCAUCAAGCCGUUUCAAAAGAAAAGCGGCGUGACCCACGAAGCCAAUGUAUAUGAAACACUGUGUCGUUGUUAUGCAGAGUUGAUGCACUUAAGCGUUUUGAACGUCAUAAGCUUAUGGGAUUAUUUUAAUCAUAUUGGAGAAGCAUAUGAAGUCACAAUUGUUGCCAAUAUAGAAGAAUUUACUACAGUAUAUAAAUACUAUUUGAAUGCUAUUUGCGAUGUUAUAUCUCUCGGUGGUUUUAUGCAUAUUGCAAAACUCAUUGAAGUGCCACAAGUAGUAUCAAAUUUGUUUGUACAUAAUUUAAAAAGUAGCGAUGUAAAAAAACAUAGCAAUGAAAUUGUUAUAACAAUGGCAUUACAGCAUCCCUUAUGUACAUUGAACAGAUACAAGAAUAUGAUUCAUAGCUUAAUAAGAAGUAAUGGCACAAAGAUGGGUGUCGAACGAUUACAAGAAGCUCUUAUAAAAUGGGAGCAGGUGCACGAUGAACAAGAUAAACGUCAAAGAGAGGCGGAAGCUACGAAAUCGUUUUGGGAAAGUUCUGGCAAGCUCGGAGAAUCGCUGAGAUCUCCCAAUAGAAGACUCAUUCGAGAAUCAAAAGCGUAUCCGCUCUCGAUCCUUAACUCCGGUAGAUUUUCGUCGCAUUCGUUUGUCCUGCUAACGGAUAUUUUCAUACAUGUCACUGGCACUACACAUACAAUUCAUCCGCUUCAAACGUUAUGGGUGGAACUUUUACCAGAUUCCGAAAAUGUGCAGAACGCUAUAUCGGUUGUUACACCAGAGGAUAAUUUCGUGCUGUACACUCCUACUCCUUCCGAGCGGAAUGAGUGGCUGCAUGCUCUACAAAAUACUAUAAAAUGCAGUUUGCAGAGAGUGAUCGGAAAUGUGCCUCCAUUAGCACGAUCAAGCUCGUUUACUUUUACAAAACAUAAUGUUUUUAAGGAUGCAAAAUAUACUGGACGAUGGUUGAACGGUAAACCACAUGGCUCUGGAAAAUUGGAAUGGUCAGACGGUCGUACAUACGUAGGCCAAUUUCAUAAAGGUGUUAUCCAUGGUACCGGAAAAAUGGAAAUUCCAAUGCAAGGUGUAUACGAAGGCCAGUGGAAAGAUGGUCAGCAAAAUGGAUAUGGAACAAUGAAGAAAUUAAUUAUACAAGAAUAUUUUAGGUACAUUAAUGGAGAUUUUUAUGAAGGAUACUUCAAAGAUGGAUUACCUCAUGGCCACGGUGUCAAAAAAGAAGGCCACUUUAUGGCGUCAGUCGCGUCUGUUUACAUUGGAGAAUGGGCGGCUGGCGUUAAACAAGGUUACGGAAUAAUAGAUGAUAUAAUGACAGGUGAAAAAUAUCUUGGUUCAUGGAGCAACGGCAUGAAACAUGGCAAUGGCUUGAUCGUAACACUUGAUGGCAUUUAUUAUGAAGGUGUUUUUACGCAAGAUGUCUUAACGGGUCACGGAGUGAUGGUAUUUGAGGACGGCACCCAUUAUGAAGGUGAAUUUAAGUCUGCAGGAAUAUUUUGUGGAAAAGGUACACUGACAUUCCGAAGCGGUGACAGAUUAGAAGGCAAUAUGAAUGGUGCAUGGAAUGAAGGUGUCAAAGUUAUUGCCACAUUACAUAUGAAUAAAGCUAGUGGGACAGCGCAAUCUAAUUCGAAACCAGCAUCUUUUGGUAAGCUAUGUGUAUCUCCGGAUCAAAAGUGGAAAGCGAUAUUUAAACAAUGCUACCAACAACUUGGUGUAUCUGAACCAGUCACCAAAAAUUCCAGUUACAAUGAAAAAUCUAUAGAAACGCAAAAAGUAUGGCAAAAUGUGGCUAGUAUAAUAACAAAAUCUCAUCAAAAAACAUUGCAACGAAAAAAGCUGUCUGCCAAUACUUCAAAUACAAAAGAAAAAAGUAGCGAAACUAUCGAUCAACUGGAUAAGAUACCAGGUUUUGGACGAGAUAAGCUCACCAGUCAGACCUACAACGAGGUUCACAAGUACUUGGUAAAAGCUUUCGAAAGCCCGCAUCAUCCGUUGGGCGCGCUUCUGACAGAAGUAGCUGCGGUAUAUACCGCUACUUAUGGUGGAGUAAGAGUACAUCCGUUAUUACUUAGCCAUGCAGUAUCAGAACUUCACAGUAUUACAACAAGAAUAUACGAAAUUGUCCUUCUUUUAUUCCCGGCUCUACCACGUUGUGGCAAAGAGUAUGUCCUUGAAACUGAUAGUGAAGACGAGCAAGUCAUAAGUGCUGCUGCAAUACUUCAUCCAAUAUUACUGCCACGUGUACACUCAGCACUUUUUGUAUUAUACGCCUUACAUAAUAAAAAGGAAGAUGAUGCAUACUGGGAAAGAUUGAUGAAAUGGAAUAAACAACCUGACAUAACUCUGAUGGCCUUCCUUGAAAUUGAUCAGAAAUUCUGGAAAACUGCAAAUGUAAUAAGCAUUUCCGACAAUUCAUUACCAUAUCAACAUGAACCAUAUUUCAGUGAGGCUAUAGAAACUCUGCAGCAACUUAAAACAACUUUCUCGCCUUUAGAAAAGUUAUUAGUGGUUAGAAGUACAUUCGAACAAAUGACACAAGCAGUACAAAAACAACUAGGAUCCGCAUAUUUAUGGACGAUGGACGAACUGUUUCCAGUGUUUAGUUUUGUUGUAGUGCGUGCUAGUGUGUUACAAUUAGGGAGCGAAAUACAUUUUAUUGAAGACUUCAUGGAGCCGUACUUGCAAAAUGGAGAACUUGGCAUUAUGUUCACUACACUUAAGGCAUGCUAUUACCAGAUAUUACAAGAAAAAACAAACAUGGGCGAGUAAAAGCUCCCACAAAUAUAUGGUACAAUGAAAUGAUCAAUAUAUAAGAUGAAUAAGACAUAAAUACGUGAGAAUAAAAUUACACUCGUAAAACAGUAACAAGAAAUAACAUGAAAAUGGACGUGAAAAGUAUGUAUUUGUAUUAUAAUGAACGAAAGUGAUAAUUUGCAUUUAGGAUACAUAAUAUAGGCUUUAUCUUGAUUGCGUAAAGCCAAAGUCAGACGCGAUAAGAAGUGACAUAACAUAUCAGUUCAAUUUAUCAUUAUAAAAUGUAUAUAAGUUAAUUAUUAGUUAAUUCAAUGUUCUACAAAUAACGCUUGCAUAUACAUAAAAAUUGACUUUCAAUA